CUCCGGAGUUUGGUUGGGCACACGCAGGCAGGGGGAACUCGCUGGCCGUCCAGUUGGCAAACUGACGAAGUUGUCUUCGGGAACUUGAAGGCUUCAUAACAAAACCACUAUGACUUCGACGAACAUGUUUCAAGGGUUGGAUACUGGAUCCAAACCGAGUUCAAGGGUCUUGCGGCCUCCUGGAGGUGGCUCCAGUGACCUGUUCGGUGGCUAUGAAGAUGACUCUGCAGCAUCAAGAAGACCUAAUAAGAUGGCCUCUAAAGUUUUUGCUCCACCAGAGGAGACCCAGAAUGUACCCAGACGCUCCAAUCCUCCAGGUGGGAAGAGUAGUGGGAUAUUUGGGGAACCUGAACCUCCAACUCAGCAACAGAGACUCAAACCUCCUGGUGGACCAACCAGCAACAUAUUCGGUGCUGCAGAGAGCGAACCUGCCCAAAACCUGAACCGAAGCCAUCCAAAUAAGCCAAAGGACAAUCUAUGUGUGGGACCUGAGCCUGAAUCGCCUGCACCCGAACCGAAGGUCAGCCAGCCGGAGGUGAAGGAGGAAGCUGCUCCUCCAGCUCCCGUGCCAGCCAAGGAAGAGCCUGCAGCUCCGCCCGCCACUCCAGAGCCUGAGCCCCCUUCUUCCUCUCCCUCCUCCUCACGUCCUAAUGAGACUGUUGAGCUGAAGAACCACGAGCCUCACCUGGGACCCAGGCCUCGCUCUCACAACAGGGUCCUCAACCCCCCUGGAGGAGUGUCUCGUGUGGUAUUCUACUAAUCAGCUGAACACACCUCUCCUCCUCCUUGUUUGUGUCCAUACACUCUUUGUCUGCUCCCCUCUUCUCUCAUUCCAACACCCCUCUCCCCACGGUUUCUUCACCUGUACGUCUGAACACAGUUCUUCUCACCAGAUAUUUUGUCCUCAACUUCUUGCACUUUCAGCCCUGUUUCUGGCUUCCAGCUCUUUGUCCAAAUUUUCAGUGAAACCUGCAAUAAUUCAAUCACAAAUCAAUCAAUCAACAGGCUAGCUAUGACCUAAUCACUUCAACUGUGACACUGUUCAGUCUCCACAUUGCGGUUACUUUUUUCCACAGUUUCUGUGUUUGUAAAUGUAGUUUGACUUAAAGCACAGUUUGUCAGUUUGAAAAGGUUUUUGCAUCUCGAGAAUGGUUAAGACAUUGGAGCACUUUUUCAGCGUCUUCAACAGUCAAUUCAUUUUUUGUGUGUGUAAUAAAAAUCCGGGCGUAAAAAAAAAAAAUCAACAGCAGACAUUUAAAUUUAAGUGUUUGUUAUAAACCUUAAUGUAUAGGCGUUCAAUCAGGAGGGGGUGAACAGAUCGUCUCACCGAUGUGAAAUGUUUCAGGGAGUUCCACUAGUGCCACCUUUCUAUGUUGCUGGAUCCUUAUUGGAUGACUUCAUUAAUCCUUUUUUGGCGGUUUUACAAAGAAAUUCAAGUAAUGACUGUACAAUCAGAGCCUUAUAAUAAUUUUCUCACCUUUCUUGCCUUCUCAUCAAUUAUUGUAUCAUUUAAACAUGUGUCUAACAUCAACGAUCUGCUGUCAGAGCGCAAACUCUGCUUCAGCAUACAAGCCAAAAAUUUGGAAACAAAGAUGAAUGCGAUAUUUACUCCCAAAAUGUUUCUGCUUCCUUAAAGAAAAUUCCAUUUUGAUUGUAUGUGGAUGUUUUGUGCAGGUACUUUUCUGCUUUGUCCUCAUUGCUUAGCUUUAUCUGAAAACAUGGCCUUUUUUUUGCUUGGGGUAGGCCUCUGUUUAUGUUUUAAAUUAAAACGGCUGAAGACAAGUGAACUCUGGACAAGUGCGCGGUCUACCUGAGUCCAGGUGGGCUCAUUGAUGAUCACUUUUUCACUCACUUCAUGACGCACAUUCAUGGCUCUUUGGUGCCAGCCUGUCCCCCGUGUGUUGAUGUGCCUGGCAGGCAAUGAGCACAGCAGAAGAAGAUAAUCCUGUGUAUUGCAAUAAAACUGUUGUUUUGCAUUUAAA